UUCUGGCUGUGUCCUUGUUAGCUAACGAGCUAGUUAGCUGCCAGAACAGGCAAGCAAAUGUGUACCAUUUGGAAAGAUGAAUUAAACUGUGCCUGAAGAGUGAAUUUGACAGAGAUUUACGUUUAGCCGCUGUUAACGGCACCAUGCUGCGUGUCGGGAGCAAAGCCGCCUGCAUGGCCUGCAGGAACCUGGUCUCCACCAACAUGGGGGUGCGAUUUCGGGUACCGCUGCAGAAGCUGCACCCUCUGUCCCGUGCCAUCCAUCACCGCUACUCGGGAAACGCCAACCCUCAGCGACCUCCUCAUCGCACAGCAGCCCGCUAUUUUACCUCUAUGUCUCGGCUGCCCAUGCGGCCACCCAAGCCUCCCCCAGGUUCAGGAGGCCGUGGCUACCAGCAGCAGCGCAACUUCUGGGUGGCCCGUCUCGCUGCUCGACUGUUAAAGCUCAGAUACAUCCUGCUGGGCUCAGCAGUCGGAGGAGGGUACACAGCCAAGAAGACCUAUGAGGAGUGGAAGGACAUGCUGCCUGAUUUUAGUGAAUACAACUGGGUCAUUCCUGACUUUGUCUGGGAACUAAGUGAGCAGAUUGACCUCGAUAAACUGGCCAAAGCUCUACCAGAGAUAGAAGAAAUUGUCAAACUACUACCUGACAUGGACAAAAUAGGAGAAAACUUCACGUUCCUUAAAAGCCUCCUCUCCUCUGGUGUGAGUUUGGGUAGUGAAGUCAAAGGAGCUUCUGGUCUGCAUCUGUUGUUAGAAACUUCAGGCGAUCCUCAACUAAAAGCCACAGAUUCUUCUACUGCAGCAGCACAUGAUGCCAGUGACAAGCAGUACAAAAAGGGUCUGCUUGGGGAGCUCAUUCUUAUUCAGCAGCAGAUCCAGCGGCACGAGGAAGAAGUCCGGCGGGCCGCUGCUGCCAAUAGUGCGCGUCCCCCACCGCCAGAGCCUGUUCCCAGUCCACCUCCGAACCCCAGCCCCCCUCAACAGAAACGCAAGUCAUCAGACAAAGAAAAGAUAGACCAGCUUCAAGAAGAACUCCUCCGUACCCAGUUAAAGUAUCAGCGCAUGCUGGAGAGACUGGAGAAGGAAAACAAAGAAUUAAGGAAAGUGGUGCUGCAAAAAGAUGAUAAGGGGAUUCACCAAAGGAAAGUGAAGAAAUCCCUUAUUGACCUGUAUUCUGAAGUCCUGGACAUCUUGUCUGACUACGACGCCAACUAUAACACCCAGGACCACUUACCCAGAGUGGUUGUGGUUGGGGAUCAAAGUGCUGGAAAGACCAGUGUGCUCGAGAUGAUAGCCCAGGCCAGGAUCUUUCCCAGGGGCUCAGGAGAAAUGAUGACACGGUCUCCUGUGAAGGUAACACUAAGCGAAGGCCCCCACCAUGUGGCCCUGUUCAAGGACAGUGGCCGAGAGUUCGAUCUUACCAAGGAGGAGGAUCUUGCUGCUCUGAGGCAUGAGAUUGAGCUGAGGAUGAGGAAGAGUGUGAAGGAGGGGCAGACAGUCAGCUGUGAGACAAUAUCCUUGAGUGUCAAAGGCCCUGGCAUCCAGAGGAUGGUACUUGUUGACCUACCAGGAGUAAUCAGUACGGUUACUGCAGGCAUGGCAUCAGACACUAAGGAAACCAUCUUCAGCAUCAGUAAGGCCUACAUGCAAAACCCCAACGCAAUCAUCCUCUGUAUUCAGGAUGGCAGCGUUGAUGCAGAGCGGAGCAUUGUCACAGACUUGGUUAGCCAGAUGGACCCUCAGGGGAAGAGGACCAUCUUUGUACUGACCAAAGUGGAUUUGGCUGAGAAGAACCUGGCCAGCCCAAGCAGAAUCCAGCAAAUAGUGGAAGGCAAACUGUUUCCCAUGAAAGCCCUGGGCUACUUUGCUGUAGUGACAGGAAAAGGGAGCAGUGCUGAAAGCAUAGAUUCCAUCAAAGAUUAUGAGGAGGACUUUUUCCAGAACUCCAGAUUACUGAGGGAUGGCAUGCUGAAGGCCCACCAGGUGACCACGAAGAACUUGAGUCUGGCUGUCUCUGACUGCUUCUGGAAGAUGGUCAGGGAGUCUGUAGAGCAGCAAGCUGAUGUCUUCAAAGCCUCGCGAUUCAACCUCGAGACAGAGUGGAAGAACAACUACCCUCGUUUGAGAGAGCUGGACAGGAAUGAACUCUAUGAAAAAGCCAAAAAUGAAAUCCUGGAUGAAGUCAUUAGUUUGAGUCAAGUGACCCCACAGCACUGGGAAGCUAUUCUGCAGAAGAAGCUGUGGGAACGUGUUUCCACUCAUGUAAUCGAGAACAUCUACCUGCCUGCUGCCCAAACAAUGGACUCUGGUACCUUUAACACCACUGUAGACAUUAAGCUGAAGCAGUGGACCGACAAGCAGCUCCCACACAAAGCACUGGAGGUUGCCUGGGAGACUCUGCAGGAAGAAUUUGCCCGCUUCAUGGCUGAAUACAAAGGCAAAGACCAGGAUGACAUUUUUGACAAGCUAAAGGAGGCUGUGAAGGAUGAGAGCAUCAAGAGGCACAAGUGGAAUGAGAGGGCCAUGGACAGCCUGAGGGUGAUCCAGCAUAAUGCUCUUGAAGACCGUUCCAUCACAGACAAGCCACAGUGGGAUGCAGCAAUCCAGUUCAUGGAAGAAACCUUGCAAUCGCGCCUUAAAGACACUGAAUCAGUAAUCAGAGACAUGGUGGGUCCUGACUGGAAGCAGAGGUGGCUGAACUGGAAGAACCGUACACCAGAUCAGCACAUCCGUAAUGAAACAAAAAACGAGCUGGAGCGCUUGCUGAAGCUGCACGAUGACCACACAGCUUACCUGGCCAAUGACGAGGUCACCACAGUCAGGAAGAACCUGGAGGGACGAGGGGUAGAAGUUGAUCCAGUGCUGAUCAAGGACACAUGGCAUCAGCUGUACCGCCGACACUUUUUGCAGAAGGCAUUGUCCCACUGCAGCCUGUGCAAAAGAGGUUUCUACUACUACCAGAGACACUUUGUUGACUCUGAGUUGGAGUGCAAUGAUGUGGUACUGUUUUGGAGAAUCCAGAGGAUGCUGGUCAUCACAGCCAACACUCUCCGACAGCAGCUCACCAACACUGAGGUGCGUCGGUUGGAGAAAAAUGUGAAGGAAGUGCUGGAUGACUUUGGGGAAGACACGGAGAGGAAGACCCACCUCAUCACUGGCCGCCGAGUCCAGCUGGCUGAGGAUCUCAAGAAAGUUCGUGAGAUCCAGGAGAAACUGGAAGCCUUCAUAGAAGCUCUUCACAAGGAGAAAUAAGAGAAGCAGAGUUAUUUAGAGUAAAUGUUUGGAUCACAGCAAAGAAAUGCACUGAACAAAAACGACUCAUCUGUAAAUGACCGUCAUCGCUCCAUGUCCCCGCCCCGACACGCACCUGGUUUUACCACCCAUGACUCGGCUCUCCGUCCCCCCUCGGACACUGAAGGGGAGACGGACCAGAACAGAAGGAUAAGCUGGAUGAACAGUUUUCAGGCUUUCUCUUUGAUUUAUGUUAAUUUUUUUCCAGAGGAGGACUUCUGCACAGGAGCCCAAACACCGACAGAUCAGAAGCAAAAUACGAAGCAGUGUUGUCAGACAUCUGACCACUUGUUCUCAAUAAAUGAGGGUUGUGUACAUGUUUAUCUCCUACUUUCUUAUUUUUCUUUGACUUUUUUUUCCUGCUUUUCUUUGUGUACAUGUCAUUAUUCAAGUGUGUGUGUAUUCACUGAUCUGUGUACAUCAUAGGCACCGGUCCUGAUGGGUCACAUCGCCUUGAAUUUCAGACCGUUUUUCUCGCCUGGCGCUCCUAAAAUAUGCCAAGUUCUCCGCUUAAUAGAGCCAGGAGUUGUCUCAAACUUUCAAAAGAUUGUUUUAGUUGCACCAAGGAUCCAAAGCACUUGGGUUGUCCCUCAUCCCUGUUUACUCUACAUGUACCCCUGAUUAACUGUUCCUUUAGUGUACACCAAUAAAAGCUAGCUACCUGGUUCAGUAUUGAGCUCCCCACCGGUCAACUCACUGUGUUGUAACGCCACAACAACCGCUCAGUAACAGGAUAAACAGAAAACGCUCAGUGCUUACGAUAUUAUGUAAAGAUUUAAUUUUUUAUUGUUUCCUUCUAAAGGGGUUUAUUUGACGACAAAAACUAAGUUUCUAUGUCUGCCAAAUGCACAUAAGGCCCUGGUCACGUUGCUCACCUGUACCUGUAAGUCCGUCUGUGUGCUUUUCCAUCGUUGUAUAUUAACAUUUCAUCCAUGCUGGAGCUGACAGACAAUGCAGCUUUCCAAAAAAUAGACUCUUAAUAAGUUGAAAAUGCAAUUACGCAUACAUUUAGACCGUUUAAGAAUCAUUUAAACACAUAAGACACCAAUGAUGUAAUAAUGUUUUAACAUAGUCCAUUGCUAUACACAUCAUUACAUAUUGCCUCACGAAAUACAUUUGCCAAAAACAGAAUAAAAAAUAGUAUGUUUUCAUUUGGUUCUAAAAAUCCUCCACCAUAUUUGUUAUUAAACACUUCCCUUUGGACCUGAUCUCUCCUGGUCCAGUAUCCAGUUAAAGCUGAUGAGUUGGUCCAACUACACACAUAUUAGGUUUGUUGUCUUCAUGUGUUUCCAGAUGGCACCAGGUCUGACGUCCCUUUUCAGUGAUAUCAUGUCUUUGUGUAUGUACACGGCCCAUGUGCACUAGAACUCAUCCUCUCUUCUGUCUGUGAUCGAAUGGUUGUUUGGCGCAACCACACAAAAAACUAGCAAAGUAAUUUUCUCACUGUCCUCAAAGAAAAGAAAAAUAUCUGACAUGCUGGUGGAUGGUUUUUAAACUCAAACUGUAUGUUUUUGUCCACUCACUCGUUCUCCUGCUCGUCUCUGUUCAGGGCCCCGUGUUUCCACGUCCUCAUCUUUAUCUCACAUCCACUCUCUUUGCAUCCUCAUUAUUUGGACCAUUUCAUCGUCCACGUAGACGUGCUCAUUCUUCCUAGCCUGAAAAAACUGUUCUAUAUUUGCCUGAAAGGGGGGCAGUGAGACCACAUCGACCCUAGUCAUUUAUUCAUAUGUGUAUAUGGGUAUAUAUAUAUAUAUAAAACAUGGCGUGCAUUCUGUACAGGUGAUGAGCAGUCAUGGCGUUAGGAUCAUGUACAGCACGUGUAAGCAGAGUGAGCCACUUGUGUAACAGAAAAUUGGUGAGCUGGUUCAAAAAACAUGUUUUAUGUUGUAGAAAGUAAUGUUUGCAUGGUGUACCCCAUCAGAUGUGCUUUAUUUAUUAAAUUUGUGUUUAAAAGAAAAUUGAAAAUAAAAUUGACAUAAAUAAAAAAAA